CGUCAGAUUGGAAUGAGGGAGUGAAUGUUCCGGGUCAGACACUGGACUGAGAGGAAAUUAACUCUGGGACAAGGAAAACAGUAGGUUACACGAAAUAAAACAGAGAUGUGAUCGUUUUCUGGACCCGAUUAGAAAAACUACUAACAUCCCAGUGGUGACGUGAUUAAAGGAUAAAGAACCAAGCGAAAAAUCAGGUGCCUAUAAGUAUUCAAAGUGAGAUAGACAGCGUAUGUAUUCCAUGGUGUCCAGUGCAAUUUAUUUACGCCUGUGGAGGUGGUUUCGAUGUUUAUUUUCUUUGAAAUUCCGUCCGAAGAGCAAGAAGGUGUUUGGCAAGCCAUCUAGCUAGUUCAGUUUGAGUAGUAGCUGGCCGUAUUCAGUUGUUUCUUUUAUUUGACGUCUUUUCGGGAUAUUUUUUAAGAACGGAUUUUGCCAUCACCCCGUGAUGUUUCAGUGUAUACCCCUGUGGCGGUGCAAUCGUCAUGUUGAAUUGAUCGAUAAGCGGCACUGUUCUCUGUUGUACGUUCCGGAUGAGAUCUACCGCUACAGUCGGAGUUUGGAGGAGCUUUUGCUGGAUGCUAACCAACUCAGUGACUUGCCCAAGCCAUUUUUUCAGCUGCUAAAGCUACGAAAGCUGGGCCUGAGUGACAACGAGAUCCAAAGACUUCCUCCAGAAAUAGCAAACUUCAUGCAGCUGGUAGAACUUGAUGUCUCUCGUAAUGACAUCAUGGAAAUUCCAGAGAGCAUUUCUAACUGUAAAGCUCUCCAAGUAGCAGACUUUAGUGGAAACCCAUUAACAAGAUUGCCUGAGAGUUUUCCAGAGCUUCAGAAUUUAACAUGCCUUUCCAUCAAUGACAUUUCGUUGCAGGCUCUUCCCGAAAACAUUGGAAACCUCUCCAACUUAGUAUCACUGGAACUCAGAGAGAAUCUGCUGACAUAUUUACCAGAGUCACUAUCGCUACUUCACAGACUUGAAGAACUUGACCUAGGGAACAAUGAACUUUACAAUUUGCCAGAAACAAUAGGAUGUCUUGUCAGCUUAAAGGACUUGUGGCUGGAUGGAAACCAGUUGGCUGAAAUACCUGCAGAGAUGGGCAGCAUGAAAAGCCUCCUGUGUCUAGAUGUAUCAGAGAACAAGCUGGAGCACCUUCCAGAGGAGAUGGGUGGCCUGGUCUCCCUUACUGACCUGCUCGUGUCCCAGAACCUCAUCAAUGCUCUGCCAGAGGGCAUAGGAAAACUAAGGCGACUGUCGAUAUUGAAAGCAGACCAGAAUCGGCUUGCCCAGCUACCAGAGAGCAUUGGCAACUGUGAGAGUCUCACUGAACUGGUGCUCACUGAGAAUCGGCUACAGAGUUUGCCAAGAAGUAUUGGAAAACUAAAGAGACUUUCCAACUUCAACUGUGAUAGGAACCGACUAGCGUCAUUGCCAAAAGAGAUUGGAGGCUGCAGUAGCCUGAAUGUCUUCUGUGUUCGAGGGAACAGGCUGACACGAAUUCCCUCUGAGAUCUCUCAGGCCACAGAACUGCAUGUGUUUGAUGUGUCUGGAAAUCGACUACUCCACCUACCCAUAUCUCUGACCAUGCUGCGACUCAAGGCCCUGUGGCUGUCAGAGAACCAGUCCCAGCCUCUACUCACCUUCCAGAAUGACAUGGAUCCAGAGUCGGGGGAAAAAGUGCUCACCUGUGUUCUCUUGCCCCAGCAGCCUUUAGAACCUGACAGUAAAGGCUCAGACAACCUGGCUCGCUGCGGUGCUCUGGAGAGCCUGGUGAAUGACGUGAUGGAUGACACCUGGGAUGACAGGGCCAUGAACAGGAUCAGUGCCAUCCACUUCCUGGAUGAUGACGAUGACGAGGAUGAUGAAAAGGGAACGCUGAUGCGACGGGCCACUCCUCACCCAGGCGAGCUGAAGACUAUGAAGAAAGCAGCGGAGAACCUCCGCAAUGACCUGAAUGCCGCCAAAGGCCUGGAUUCCAACAAAAACGAGGUCAAUAAUGCUACAGUCACCACGUCUGUGUGACUCUUACCUCAGAAACAUUCUUACCUCCUGUGUCUCUCGCCAUGUUCUCCUGCACAACCCCUUGAACCUACUUUUCCCCACAAACCCCUCUGCGAUCUACCUACCCCUCCUGCAGCUCAUCCCUGGGACUCUGCUGUGAUCCUCUUGUCCAGUAUCUUACUUCAUCUCCAAUACCCUGCACGGUAUCUGGCUCAGACUACCAGGGCCCAUGUGCCUUCUUUUCAAACUAUUGUGCUAUCUUUUCAAACAGCAAUAAUAUGCACAGGUGUGCUCCUUUUUAAAGGUAUUUUUUAAAGUUAGUGCUUUUUAAAUAUGUAUUUUUUUCCUUUUUUUUUACAGACAAUAGGUAGUUGCACUACUGUAACUCUUAAGUAUAUUAAAUAUUGUUGACUUCUUUAUAUAUAUUUGUUUUAUUUUUAAACACUGGGGGAAUAUUUCUUUUUACAUUUUGGGGAUACUUAGUUUUUGGACCUACUGAUUUAAGGGUUAUUGUAUAGUCAUUUGUGAAUAUUGAUACUUUUAUACUUUUUGGCAGCUCAGAUGGUGUAAAUUAAAACAAUGUAUAGCAAGUUUCUUAAACUAUCGCAGAAUUUAAAAAAAUGUUAUAUCUUGGUAUUUGGUACGUAUUUUAUUUCCUUUUUAGUGUUUUCUUUUUAAGUAAAGAAAUUAACAAAAAUGCAGUUGCUAAUGUCUUAUCAAAACAAUAUAAUUCCCUUUGGGUGAGUAGACAGCCUCGGAUCUUCUUUUCUACUCCAUUGUCUAACUUCUUAAUCAAAUCCUAAACUCAUUUUUAUAUAGACAUGUUUGGUAAUUUUGUAAUUAAGUUUGGAACAUGUACCAUAACCACUCUCCCACAACCGAUUGAGUGGAAGUGACAAGGCUGUCUUACUUUCUUUCAUUGCGAUUUACUGCUUUGAAAUGUUUUCUUAAUACCAGAUACCAGAAACAGCUGCAUUUUAACAUUUGCCACUUUCUCCCUUUAACACAUGAGCUUGGACUUUCAAUGGCCAAUUUCAUUACAAACAAGGUAAUAAGGACCAGGGUGGAAUCUUUUGAAAAUGCAGUUGAAGCAUACACUAAUGCACUUCUUAAAGUUUUUUGCGUCUUCAUAAAAACAGAUUGUUCUUCAAAUGGUACACUACAACAUUGAUUUAACUUUUUUUGUUUUAAAUGUAUUUCAAGGAGAGGACCAUAUACAUUUGUUUUAAUGUGGAUUUCAUCUUUCUUUUUAAAUUAUUUUCUUUAAUGAUCAAGCUGCACAAAAAAUACAAUUUGAAAUUGGCAUGGACACUGAGCCUACAGAUUUGGAUUACUUUUAACCACUGAUAAAAUAAAAUGGGUUUAAAACCAAA